CAUCGCCAGUGUUCUUUCGUUUCUCUCACUGUGUAGUCCAUCAAUCAAUUUGUCCCUUUUUUGCCUCAUUAAAGUGUUUCCGCGUGGAUUUUUCUCAAGACGGAGUGGAGGCAGUGUGGAUCGAGAUGAAAAUCUCCACCAUUCAAAACACUCUUCUAGGAUCAGCUCUUAUUUUCCUGCUGUAUUUUCCGAAUUUUGCGGCCUCAGACGCCGAUUGCUCAAAAUCUGAUCAAUAUCUCUGUGAUAAUGGCGAAUGCAUUAAGAAGCAGGCCAUGUGCAAUGGAAAGGUAGAUUGCGCGGAUGGCAGCGAUGAGAUAGAUUGUGACCGGAAGCAGUGUCUGAUGCCCAAUUGGUUCCGCUGCAAGGAUGAUCAGUGCAUCAGCUCCUCUUUCCGCUGCGACGCACACGAAGAUUGUCGCCACGGAGAAGAUGAGGACUUCUGCAAGGACUUCCAGGCACAUCACACACCGGCGAACUGUACUGCCUUCGAGUGGCGAUGCUCCGACAUGAUGUGCAUCCCGAAGGAGUUGGUCUGCAAUGGUUACCACGACUGUUUCGAUAACUCGGACGAGAAUGUUGGCUGUGAUGGCAUCAACAGCACUUGCAAGGGAUUCCUCUGUCGGAAUGGCCACUGUCUGGAGAGCAGAAAGUGGCAGUGUGACGGUGUCAACGAUUGUGGCGAUGGCAGCGACGAGGACAAUUGCGAAGGAAAGUGCAGUUUGGAGUUCCAGAAAUUUAAAUGUAAAGAUGGAAGUGCUUGUCUCACCCUGGAUAAGGUCUGCAAUAAUGACACGGAUUGCAAGGAUGGCUCAGAUGAAGGUGGACUGUGCAAAAACACCACUCUCUGUGAUAAAUUAAAUUGCCCAAGACGCUGCAAGGUGUAUCCUAACGGCCCCCAAUGUCUGUGUCCAAAUGGAUACUACUACGACGUCCAUUCCAACACGUGCGAAGACAUUAAUGAAUGUGACAUCUUCGGGCAUUGUUCCCAAGGCUGUAUAAACAGUAAAGGUUCCUAUCAAUGCACUUGCGUCGAUGGCUUCCGACUCAAAAGCGACAAUCGCACGUGUGUUGUGUCCAGCGGUGACGCCCUGAUGCUCUACACCACGCAACGUUCCAUUCGCGGCUAUCACCUGAAGUCACAAGUGCAGACUGUGGUGGCGAUGAAUAUGUCCCUGGUCAUUGGAGUGUCAUACGAUGGGCAUUGGGUGUUCUGGACAGAUCUUAGCCUGAAGGCGGAGAGGAUCAUGCGAGCCAGGGAUGAUGGAAGCCAGCGUGAAACCUUGCUGAGCACAGGCCUCGGUUCACCUGAAGAUGUCAGCGUUGACUGGCUCACUGGGAAUAUCUAUCUCACGGACAGUGAGAAGAUGCACAUCUCGGUGUGCUCCAUCGCGGGCCACUAUUGCACAAAGCUGAUAGAGAAGAACAUCCACAAGCCACGAGGAAUAGCCCUUCAUCCCAGGCUUGGUGUCAUGUACUGGACAGACUGGGGAGCGAAGCCUCAAAUUGGAGUGGCCGCGAUGGACGGAGCAGGAGCGAGACCAUUUGUGGACAAGGACAUUCAUUGGCCCAAUGGACUCACGAUUGACUGGCCCAACGGGAGAAUCUACUGGGUAGAUGCCAAGAUCAGGCACAUUGAGAGCAUCAAGCUCAACGGCGAGGACCGCAGGGUAAUUCUUAGAGAUGUGGUGAAACAUCCCUACGGAAUCGCUGUAUUUGAGGACAACAUAUACUGGUCUGAUUGGAAUACCAACUCAAUUCAGACGUGCAAUAAGUUCACGGGAAAAGAUCACACUCUUGUGCUUCACAGCAGACACAUUUACGACAUUCACAUCUACCAUCCGGCAACUCAGCCCAAUGAGAAACAUCCUUGCUAUGGCAAUUCGUGCUCACAUCUUUGUCUCCUGAGCCACAAUCAGACUUACACUUGUGCUUGCCCGACGGGAAUGGUCAUUUCCACAGACAAAAAGAAUUGUGUUGAUUCAUCCGACAAGCACUAUCUCAUCCUUGGGGUGGGAAAUUAUCUGGUUACACUUGAGCAUCAAGAAUUUGGUAGAUAUACAACAGGAGUUGGAGAUGAUAUCAACACAGUGAUUAGUGAACUUGUCUACAACUCUCUCACAGGAAACGUAGUUAUAGCCAGCAAUGUUGAGAAAAAAAUCUACACUGUUAACUUCCGAACGAAAGAAACGAAAGAACUUUUGAAGAGUGGGAUAGGAAAUAUCUCUAGUUUAGCUUUUGAUCAUUUGAGUAAUAAUCUGUACUGGACUGACGUCGAGCGAGGAACCGUGGAAAUCUACUCAUUCAACAGCAAACAUCGGGCCAUUGUGCAGCAUUAUAUGGGCAACGAAAAGCCAACGGCAGUGGCCGUUGUCCCGGAGAUUGGGACGAUGUUUAUCGCUCUGCAGGACAUCAGCGGACACAUUCACAUAGACAAGCAACUCUUGCAUGGACGAGGUGUUCACACUCACGCCAUUGAGGAAGAUAUUGGCGUUGGCGGAAAAGUCUCCUUCGCUAUCGAUACAGAAGUUGAGUCUUUGUUCUGGGCAGACGAAUCUGGCGAUAGAAUCGAAUUCACGAACUUCGACACAGACAUUCGUCACAUAUUCAGAGGAAACCUGCGAAAUCCGGUCUCGAUCACGACAAUUGGGAAUAAUGUUUUCUGGACUCAGGCGAAAUCCGCUAAGGUUUACUGGGCUGAUAAGAAUAACGUACAAGUCAUCCAAAGAAUUCCACUCGAGAAGCCGACAUUUGGACUGUUCCCUGACAGAAUUCCUCUGGCCAGAGCCAGCGCAAUAAUGCAGACAUCUGAUCAUGUCUGCAUGAAGGGCAACGGAGGAUGUUCACAUAUCUGUGUGUCAAUGGGCAGGACGUCCAAUGCUUGCGUGUGUCCGCCAGGAAUGGUCUUCAAGGACUUCACCAAUAUGACCUGCAUUGAGACUUUCGAUUGUGAAUUCCGCUGCGGAAGUGGCGAGUGUAAAACCUCCUCUAGAGUUUGCAAUGGACACGCAGACUGCGCCGAUGGCUCAGACGAAGCCAAAUGUGAGGAGAAGGAUUUCCGGAAGAAAGGCGUCAAGUGUUCAUUCGAUGAGUUCCGAUGCUCUGACGGAAGCAUGUGCAUUUCUCAGGAGAAUCGCUGUGAUCUCAACAGAGACUGCUCAGACGGAUCAGACGAAGAAGAUUGUGUUCACUACGAACACAAGUCCAAAUGCCAUCGUCUUCAGCACGCCUGUCCGGAUGGGAUGUGCAUUGACGUUACUGCACUCUGUGAUAGCAUUAAGGACUGCACAGAUGGGUCAGAUGAGGUGAAUUGUACGCAACCUGAGAAAGCGGAUCUCUGUGACGUCUCCAAGGGAGCGUUCAAGUGCAUUUCCGGACAGUGUAUCGAUGCGAACUGGGAGUGUGAUGGUUUCGUAGACUGCAAUGAUGGAUCUGAUGAACAUAAUCGUUGUCCAACUGAGGGGAUGAAGUGCGCUAACGGAUUUCGACAGUGCGCUUCCGGACAUUGCAUUGACUCCAGACUCUUCUGUGACGGACAUAAUGAUUGCGAGGAUUCGUCAGAUGAGAUAGACUGCAAUGUACCAACGCUAGAUAUUUCCAAGACUGAAUGCGGCGACGGAAUGGACACAACGAAGGUCUUCCAAUGUGUGUCUGAUCCUAACAUUUGUCUCAAUCUCACCUCUCGCUGCGAUGGAUUUGCCGAUUGUCCUCGCGGAGAAGAUGAAUUUGGCUGUUCGAAGUGCAGCGCUCAUGAGUUUGAAUGCGGCAACAGUCGCUGCAUCCGCCUUGAAUGGGUGUGCGACAAAGAAGAUGAUUGCGGAGACAAGAGCGACGAAGUGAAUUGCUCCAUCAAAGCAACGGCACAUCCUUCGGGCGCCUCGAGGCUGCUGUGUCGAGAUGAUAUGUUCCACUGUCGAGAUAACGCCUGUAUUGAGUGGCAUGCGGUGUGUGAUGAGAAACCGGACUGCAGCAAUGGAGAAGAUGAGUCGCCUUCCUGCAAGACAGCCUGUGAAAAACAUCCCUGUGAUCAUAAGUGCACACCCUCGCCUAGUGGUCCUGUCUGCUCCUGCCAAGUUGGCUACACUCUGGCUGGAAACAAGAAGGACUGCCUAGACAUUGAUGAAUGCAAGGAGUACAAUCCCUGCGCUCAAAAGUGCUUCAACACGGCGGGAUCCUUCAGAUGUGGAUGCAAUCCUGGCUUUCUCUUGCGCUCCGAUAAAACCACGUGCAAAGCGACCGGAGGCAGCAAGUACAUGCUGUUCACAUCCUACAAUCAGAUCCGAAAACUCACGCCUUACCCAUCACGGAUGAGCAUUGAGUGGUCUGUGAAUACCACAAAGAUCACCGGAUUGGAUGUGAAUGUGCAAAAGCACAGCUUGUACAUUUCACUCAGUGAAGCUUCCGCCCUGUUCCAGAUCAACAUCAAAAAUCAUACGGUGAAGUAUGUGCAAGAUGUUGGCGCUCCGGAUCGUCUUGCUGUGGACUGGGUGACGGACAAUGUGUAUUUUAUUGAUAACAACGGUGUUCCGUCGGUGAAAGUGUGCCAUAUGCAGGACAAGGCUUGCGCCAGGAUCAUCAAAUUCAAGUCCAAGGAUCAUUUGAGAGAUGUGGUCGUUGAUGCUGUAAAUCGAGUCAUGUUUAUUUCCGUGAUUCACACAGCUCUUCUGGGCAUUUCGGAUUCUGUCGUCUAUCGGGCCAAUCUGGAUGGGAGUCAUCUGGAGAAGAUUGUCCCGAAUGCGGUACAAGUGUCUUCCCUUGCGCUGGAUCCUAGCAAGAAGAUCUUGUACUAUGCUGACUUUGGCGCCAAUUCAGUCCACUCGUGUGCCUACGAUGGAAGCGAGGUGAAGACUCUGGUGAGGAAUAAUGCAGCUGUGGCUCAGCCCAUUGCCAUGACCUUCUUCGAGGAUCACCUGUACGUGACUAACUUGGGCAAAACCACGGUGGCCCAGUGCCGUGUCUUCGGUGAUAAACACUGCAAGCUGGUCAAUGUGAAUGUCUUCAAUGCUGAGGAGAUUGUCAUUGUUCAGGAGUCUCGCCAGAGGAAUGCUUCUAAUGUCUGUGCUGCUCAUCAAUGCUCACAUAUCUGUGUCCAGGCGGAUCUUGGCGCCAAGUGUCUCUGUCAUGGAGGAUCUCAAGUGAAUCCAGGGGAAAAUUGCGACGGGCUCGAUGCUGAGGACUCACAGCUGAUGAUGAGCAAUUUCGUUAAUGCACCUGACGAUGGAAACUCUUCAAAUCUCCCAGGGCGAGUCACGCUGAUCGUCUUUACAGUCCUCGGGCUGCUCAUGAUGGUCUCCUUCGUCGCCUACAAGAAGCGCUAUCAGCUGAAGAAUCUCAACAUCAGCAUGUACUUCCAAAACUCAUCAGCCACAACCAGUCAGGCCCCAUUGGUAAAAAUGUGCGGUGCACCGACUGUUGUCUCCACGGACACUCACAAUGAAAUCACACUGGAGGUUGGCGAUAAGUUUUAUGAUUGCAGAGACAAUUUCACGGCAUGACAUCGAACGCUUUUGACGAUUCAUGCUCAUUCGACGAGAUUGACGAUAACCCAAAAGCUAAACUAAUCAAUUGAUUUUCACUGCUCUCAAGACGCUCAAGAGCACUGAAGAAUCAUCAUCAUCCAUCUCACCACGCAUCAUUUAAUGUUAGAUUCUUCCCCAGCAUGUUUUACAUGUUAUUCACACGGGUCAUACAUAGAUAGGUCAUUAUUAGAAUAUGUAAAAAUCAGUUUACAUAAGUUCCUGUAAGGGAAGAAUAUUAUUGUUGUUAAAUUGUAUUAUCCAUCAGUAUAUUAGGUUGAGUAAUAAAUGUAUUCAUAAAGUC